AUGGAGGAGGUAAUCAUUCUAGCAGACAUCAUGGAGGAGGUAAUCAAUCCAGCAGCCAUCAUGGAGGAGGUAAUCAAUCCAGCAGCCAUCGUGGAGGAGGUAAUCAAUCCAGCAGCCAUGAUGGAGGAGGUAAUCAAUCCAGCAGCCAUCGUGGAGGAGGUAAUCAAUCCAGCAGCCAUGAUGGAGGAGGUAAUCAAUCCAGCAGCCAUUGUGGAGAAAGUUAUCAAUCUAGCAGCCAUCAUGGAGGAGGUAAUCAAUCCAGCAGCCAUGAUGGAGGAGGUUAUCAAUCCAGCAGCCAUCAUGGAGGAGGUAAUCAAUCCUGCAGUCAUCAUGGAGGAGGUAAACAAUCCAGCAGCCAUCAUUGAGGAGGUAAUCAAUCCAGCAGCCAUCAUGGAAGAGGUAAUCAAUCGAGCAGCCAUCAUGGAGGAGGUAAUCAAUCGAGCAGCCAUCAUGGAGGAGGUAAUCAAUCCGGCAGCCAUCAUGGAGGAGGUAAUCAAUCGAGCAGCCAUCAUGGAGGAGGUAAUCAAUCCGGCAGCCAUCAUGGAGGAGGUAAUCAAUCCCGCAGUCAUCAUGGACGAGGUAAUCAAUCCCGCAGCCAUCAUGGAGGAGGUAAUCAAUCCAGCAGCCAUCAUGGAGGUGGUAAUCAAUCCAGCAGCCAUCACGGAGGAGGUAAUCAUUCCAGCAGCCAUCAUGGAGGAGGUAAUCAAUCCAGCAGCCAUGAUGGAGAAGGUUAUCAAUCCAGCAGCCAUCAUGGAGGAGGUAAUCAAUCCAGCAGCCAUCGUGGAGGAAGUUAUCAAUCUAGCAGCCAUUAUGGAGGAGGUAAUCAAUCUAGCAGCCAUUAUGGAGGAGGUAAUCAAUCCAGCAGCCAUCGUGGAGGAGGUAUUCAAUCCAGCAGCCAUCGUGGAGGAGGUAAUCAAACCAGCAGCCAUGAUGGAGGAGGUAAUCAAUCCAGCAGCCAUCAUGGAGGAGGUAAUCAAUCCAGCAGCCAUCAUGGAGGAAGUUAUCAAUCUAGCAGCCAUCAUGGAGGAGGUAAUCAAUCCAGCAGCCAUCGUGGAGGAGGUAAUCAAUCCAGCAGCCAUCAUGGAGGAGGUAAUCAAUCCAGCAGCCAUGAUGGAGGAGGUAAUCAAUCCCGCAGCCAUCAUGGAGGAGGUAAUCAAUCCAGCAGCCAUCAUUGAGGAGGUAAUCAAUCCAGCAGCCAUCAUGGAGGAGGUAAUUAUUCCCGCAGCCAUCAUUGAGGAGGUAAUCAAUCCCUUUGGCCCUUUGGACCGGUGGGGGAGAUUCUGGUCCACUCCUGAGGGGCUUCCCUGA